CGAUUUUUCCGGUUGACCUGAUUAUUGGCUGACAUUUGUCUGUUUCUCUUCAUUAAAAUGUCAUUGGUCGCAUGUUAGGCAUACUGGCCACUUCAAUAAGUUGGCUCAUUUAUUGAAAUGUUUUGACAAUAUAAAUCAAUCAAGAUGGCUACAUCAAACCAAAACCCAUUUAAUUAAAUACAAAAAACAUUACCGUGAAUGUCCAAACCCAAGCGAAGCCCAAGUUUCACAAACAAAAUAGCCAUUUAAAUACAAUUUGAAACAAAAUAAUGGGAGACAAGAAACGAAAACCUAUACCGGGAUGGCUAAACUUUGUAUUCGGGGGACUGAGUGGCAUGAUGGGUAUUUCCGUGGUACAACCAGCUGACUUGGUCAAGACGAGAAUGCAACUCAUGGGUCCCAAGGGAGACAAGUCAGUGAUCUCCACGAUUUCAGGCAUAUUGAAGAACGAAGGCAUUUCUGGCUUCUACAAAGGGCUAAGCGCUGCACUGUUCAGACAAGCCACUUACACGACAUCUAGACUGGGUGUCUUUAAUAGUUUGAAUGAUUUUUAUUCGAGCAUGUACGGCGUGCCGAGUUUCCCCGUGAAGCUGGUGGUAGGCAGCGUGGCGGGCGGCAUCGGCGCCUUCGUCGGCAACCCGGCGGAGGUGGCGCUCAUCCGCAUGACUGCCGACGGCCGGCUGCCGCCCGAGCAGCGGCGGAACUAUAACAACGUCUUCAACGCUUUGGCUAGAAUAAGUCGAGAGGAAGGUCGAGCCAUGUUGCUACGCGGCGCCACCGCCACGGUCACCAGGGCCAUGGUGGUCAACGCCGCGCAACUCGGCACCUACUCGCAGGCUCGUGAGCAGUUGUUGUCAACGAUUGGCGACGGCAUCAUCCUGCACUUCAUCGCUUCCCUGAUCUCCGGCCUGUCUACCACCUUCGUCUCGCUACCCGUCGACAUUGUGAAAACACGUGUGCAAAAUUCAGCGAAAGGUCUCGGCCAGCUGCAAGUGUUGCGAAGUAUAAUCCAGCAGGAGGGGGUCUUCGCUCUGUGGCGCGGCUUCAUACCGACCUACGCGAAGCUCGGACCCCUGACUGUGCUCAUGUUUCUGUUCCUCGAGCAAUGGAACGCGCUCUACUACAGGCUUACAGAAUAGGAAGAAAUAAUACUCUAUGCUCUAUGGUAACGUUUAUCGAGGCUAAAGAUAAGGAACCAUGUUUUUAUUAAAACUGUUGUGAUAAAUGAAAAAUGCAUGUAUUUUUAAAAGUAAAACUUCUUUAAGCACGCUUACAUAAGAAGUAAGCUGGUGUUACGUUACGAAAAGUGUAAUCAGGUGAGGCAAACGGACAGGGAGUGAUAAAGAAGUUUUACUUCAGUCGUUGUUUAAAUCUCAAACACUGCAUUUAAACUAUUUGUGACGCAAUUUGUAUUGUGAUUUGUGAAUGUCAUAUAAAUUUCCAUUAUUGUUAGGAGAUCUGUUAAAUCAUUAAGAAAAAUGUCAGCUUGACAAACUUUUAAGACUUAGCUGUCAUUUAUGAUCAAGUUACGUAAUUGCAUUCGCUAACUCGAACGCUUUAAGACAUUGAAAGCCACCGAAUUCGUAUGACGUUUAUUACAUAGAUGUGCUGCGAAAUAGCUUUUGAAUCACUCAAUAUAGUUACAAUGUAUAAUAAUAAUGUUAAGAAGUUCGGUUGACUAUAAACUCAGAGACACUCAGUUAGCGAAUAACCUGAUAUAAAUGUUUUGCAAGUGUUUUUGACAUUAUUGUAUUAUCCCAGCCUCUUUUUAUUAACCUAGGUAACUCAAACAUACCUUAGUGUUUUUCAGAUAGCAUGGGUACGGUGACAGCCGUGUGUAUGACGUUCAUAA